AUGUUCGGCUCAGCAGCAUCCCGUCUCUCUCUCGUUCUCGCCCUUGCGGCCGCCGUUUCCGCCAAGAUGAUUGAGGUCCAAGUCGGCAGCGCCAGCGGCGACCUCACGUUCAGUCCCGAGGCAGUCUCGGCCAACGUCGGCGACCAGGUCGUCUUCACGUUCCACCAAAAGAACCACACCGCGACCCAGUCUUCGCUCGCCGCGCCCUGCUCCAAGGUCGAUGGCGGGAUGGACUCUGGCUUCAUGCCCGUCCCUGCCAACCAGACGGACAACUUCCCGACCUGGACGGUGAACGUUAUGGACACCAAGCCGCUCUGGUUCUACUGCAAGCAGGCCGCUAAGACGCCCGCCAGCCACUGCGGUGCCGGCAUGGUCUUCGCCAUCAACUGUGGCCCCGACGGCGCCGCCAACUCGUUCAUGAGCUUCAAGAACGCCGCGCUUGCCAUCGGCGAGCAGCUCAAGAUGGACGCCGCCGCGUCGUCCACCGCCAUGGCCCAGUACCCCGGCUGGACCUCGUCCUCCAGCGACUCGAGCAACGGCUACAACAGCAUGGACUCGUCCAACGGGUACAACAGCAUGGGCUCCGGCUACAACGGCAACAGCUACAACUCCAUGAGCUACGACAACUCGAACGGCUACAACGGCAACGGCUACGACUCCACCUCCACCAUGGCCUACGGCUCCCACACCUCGAUGGACUACAACGGCAACGGGUACGACUCGAUGUCCAUGGAUUCGAGCAACGGAUACAACUCGAUGUCCAUGGAUUCUGGCAACGGGUACAACUCCAUGUCCAUGGACUCGAGCAACGGUUACAACUCCAUGUCUAUGGACUCGAGCAAUGGCUACGAUUCCAUGUCGAUGUCUAUGGACAUGAGCUCCACCGACACCGCUUCCGCUUCCAUGGCCUCGUCCACCGAGUCGUCUUCUUCGUCGUCGUCGUCGUCGUCGUCUUCGUCGUCAUCGAGCUCGGGCAGCAGCGGCAGCAGCCUCGGCCCUCAGACCCACAUGGUCAUGGUCGGUUCCUCGACUGGUGCGCUCACCUUCUCGCCGAACAACAUCCAGGCCAACCCCGGCGACACCGUCACCUUCGAGUUCCACCAGAAGAACCACACCGCGACCCAGUCGUCGUUCGCCAACCCGUGCGUGCGCCUCAAGGACGCGACUGGCAACGUUUGGUCGAUCACCGUCAACGACACCACGCCCCUCUGGUUCUACUGCCGCCAGCACAACCCGACGACUCAGGCCGCGCACUGCGGUGCUGGUAUGUCCAUGGCCAUCAACGCUGUUGCGUCCUCCACCAAGAACUUCACCGCCUUCCAGGCGCUCGCCUCCCAGCAGAACGGCACCAACACGUCUUCGACCACGCAGAACGCGUCUGGUGCGAACGGAACGAACGGCGCCGUCGCCGCGCGCUCCCCCGUCACCGCCGUCGCGCUCUACGCUGGUGCGUUCGUCGCGGCGGUCGCCGCGCUCCUCUAA